GAAACGCGCUCUAGUUCGGUCGCACAAGGUCGGCUGUAAAUGAAGGCAGGGGACAUUGGCUGUGCGGAUAACUUUUAACCACACCCAUCGUUGGGACUCAUUCUAGAUGGGUAUGAUGUCGAUUAAAAAAAGAAUAGGAACGCAUGAUGGUUGUUUUCACUGUGAUGAAGUUCUGGCUGUCGCUAUACUUAAACACCUGCCGGAAUUUGAAGAAGCUGAUGUAGUGCGUUCACGUGAUCCAAAUAUACUAUCUACUUGUGAUGUAGUGGUUGAUGUUGGUGGGGUAUAUGAUCCGAAAACGUUUCGAUUCGAUCACCACCAAAAGGGUUUCGUCUUGUCAUGGUCUAAGUAUUUCGGUGUUAAAAUCUGGGAUGUUAAGUUCAGUAGUGCUGGAUUAGUCUACGUACAUUUUGGAAAGAAGGUGCUUUCCUUGCUUACGGGAUUAGAAAUGGAAAGUGACACCUUGGAUAGGAUAUUUACAAAAGUAUAUGAAUCGUUUAUUUUGGAAAUCGAUGCACAAGACAAUGGUAUCGUACAGUCUAACAUGGCCAUGAAGUACAAUAUAAGUACCGGCUUAUACUCAAGAGUUCGUCGGCUUAAUCCGUGGUGGAAUAAAGUGGAUGAUUCCGAAAUCGCAUUUCAUAAAGCUCUUGAUUUAGUCGAUCGUGAGUUUCUUGAUACUGUGCACUACUUUACUCACUGCUGGUGGCCUGCAAGGUAUGUUGUGAUAGAAGCAAUGGGCUGUCGUGAAGAUGUGGAUCCUUCAAGACAUAUCAUAGUUUUAGAAACAUCAUGUCCUUGGAAAAGCCAUCUAUAUGAUUUGGAACGUGAAGAACGUAUGGAAACGCCAGUAUAUCCUGAACCGCUUCGUCAAGGGAAUUAUCGCCCAAUGCCGAAAUUUCCUCCACAGAUUCUCUUCGUCGUUCAUCCGUCAGAUGGUAAUUGGGUCGUCCAAGGUGUCCCCAAAGAAAAGUUCGAAGUACGGCUGCCAUUUCCAUCUGAUUGGCGUUCGCUUACAAAUGAUCAGUUGUGCUGCAUAACUGGAAUACCAGGCUGCGUUUUUGUUCACAGUUCUGGUCAUUUAGGCUGCAAUACGACACGUGAAGGCGCAAUAAAAAUGGCACGUGCUGUUAUAGAUGAAUCAAAAAAUGAGGACGAAAAUCUAUCCAGAUACCCUUUAACUCCACCGAAGUUUAACCGUGGCCGAGGUCGUAAAUCAAAUGUGCACAGUCGUAAUUUUUAAAGCAUAACUGUUAAUCUGUGAGCACAUCAUGUUUGGAUAUUUUUAUAAUUCCUUCAUCAUUAUUAUUAUCCAGAAACUUAAAUACUAACCAAGAAGUCAGAAAAAUGUAAAAGGAUGUUUUCCUAAUAUUUUCAUUAUUGUUCUUGUUAUAGGAAUCGUUUUUUACUCGUAUUUUUGUAAACUGGCCAAAUUCGAUAUUUUAUAACAUGUAUACUUGUAAUUGUGUUUACUUUUGUCCAAUGCUUUUAUACAUCUAAUUACAUUGAGAAUUAGGACAGUUACUACUACUGCUACAGGAUAUUUUAUCAUUCAUUUUUCUAUAUCGAACAUUUCCAUUAUUCUUUCACAUCCAUCUUUCAUUAAUACAUCAUUUUUAGACGUACAGUUGAAACAGAUUUAUCACAAAUUUUUUGCUUUCAAAGUUAUUUCUAAAUAAAUUUUUAGUUCAAGCGAAUAGAGUUGUAUAUGUUCGAUAAGUUAACAUAUAACGAUAAGUUUUUAUUUUGUUAAUAUUUCGAGCAAAUUUCCUGCUAGUAAUCACACCAACAGUUGGAACUUUUUAAUUUUUAUUCCUUAUGAUCCAUUACAUUUGUAUAUUUAUCUUCAGUAUACAACCGUGAAAAUGUGAUUCUUUUGUGUGUACAACGAUUAGAGUUUUAUUUGAUAAAUAUUAGGGAAUACUUUUGAUUCGUAUU